UUAAAAUUAGUUUCAAACAAGCGUUCGCUGAAGACGCAUCAGCGGCCUAGACGUAGCAGCUGUACUGCUGUGAUAAAGAACAAUACAAAAUAGAAACAACACAAAAACAGAAAGCAAAAAAAAAAAAAAAACAUAAUGGCAGCGCAUUUAAAAAUUCUAUUAUCAUCGACACUUCUAUUCGUCGCCCUGGUCUAUUCAUAUGACCCAGUUACUGUAGCCCCACCUCCCCCAACAACCGCCAGUGAUUGCAAUUUAAAAUCCGCUACUAUUUCACCCGAAAUUAUAAAUGAACUGAAGGAUUUCGAACACUUAAUACCUCCUGCAAUAGUGGAUGCAAUUGUGGCCAAACACUAUGUGAUCGACGGCGGGUUUCGCACGGCCCUAAAAUACUUGCGAAGUAAUGAUUUCACACGCUUGCAAAAACAGUUACUCGAUGUACCCGAAAUUAUCUCCGUAUUGGAUUUUCUGCAUCUGACCAUUAAUGCAACAAUGAUAAUGGACUGUGCAACGAAGGAAGCGACGAAGCAAAUGCCAGAAACAUCAGCGUUGCAGGAUGAUGAAAUGGCAACAGCAGCAUCAUCAUCAACGCUUAAUGAUAAUGGAAUGGACAGAAUGCCCACUAAUACAGUGACCACCACCACCGGCACCACUGACAACGUGCCGGCCACUAGUCCAAAGGCUGCGAUGCAUGCCAGGAUCAGAAAAGUUCUCGCAUACAAAAGACCACAAUUAGAUGCAUUGGAGUAUACUGACGAUGUCAGCAGCAGCAACGGCGGUGGCAAUGCUGUUCUAGCCUCAGCGGAGCAACAACCAUUAGUGGACAUUGUGCUUUUGGACUCUAAGCUUAAUACACUGAGGGCAAACGAUGACCAGUUGAACACUGUCGAUGGCAGCGCACAGGGCACCAUGGCCAGCGGUCAUCAUCAACAACAUCGUUAUCAGCAGCAUCCUUUGGGCUCAUUUACAAGCUUCGUUGAGGAAAUAAUAAGAGAGUUGCCACGACCAGCAUAUCAGCAUAUGAUUAUGGAUAAAUACAUGAAAAAUGCAAAUUUUGCAAAUUUCUACAAGGCUCUGCGAAGUGCGGAAUUCAAACCGCUGGUCGAAGAAGCAUUGAAAUCUGCAAAUAUACAGCAAAUAGUUAAGUUGUUGAGUUCCCAUAGCAUCGAUGUCCAGGCAUUGAAACCAGUUGCCUUUGAAGUUAUAUCCUGGGGACCUGCGGUAUAAUGUUCUUGAAUUAAGAAAAAUUUUUAUAAUAAAAUGUGACAAAUACAUUGAUAACUAAGCGUUAAUAUAA